AUGGAAUGUUCAAAUUUUAAAAAACCCUUACAUACUUUGACGAGGUUGCCUACCCCGGUUCCGUCUGGGGAGGCGGAGUUCGACGGGCGAAAGCCCGGAGAUGGUGAAGUUUUGCAGGAGGCAAAGGGCGCUCAGCGCAAAGAAGCCGUGGCCGAUGAGAUCGGGCCCAUACAUAUAGAUAUUGAUUCGGAGUCGAGCGGCAGUGUCUCCUCUGUCCGGAGCGGGAGGCUCUGGAGGAGACAAUCCCGCUCAAAGAAUAGUCUCUCACUCUGCACGAGUGAUACAGACGAGCCGGUACCCAAGGCGCAGACCACCGACGGCCGAGGGAGGGGGCGUCCUCCCACAGUCGGUAAGUACGUAGGCCUCAAAAAUGCGCAGAGGGAACGCGACCGACUCAAGCGCGAGGAGGCACGCCAAAAGGCGGAGGAGGAGCUAGAAAACCGGCUCAAAUUCGUGAAGUCGCCGAUGCCUCCGCGUUUGGAUGAAGAAGAGGACCGCCCCGUCACAAAGGAGGACUUAAAACAGUGCGAGCAUGUGAUGCGCUCCAUUGUCUGCAAGACGGGCAACCGAAAGGGAACGUCCCAGAAAGCUUUAAACUGGGUGACCAACAAAAUCACCCAAUACAUACAACAGCCGGAAUCCGCCGUCAUCACUCGCCUCGAGAGUGAAUCGAAGAAGUGGCAAGAGCACAGUGCCCGCCUCGAGGCGAAUAUGAAAACGCUGCAGGAGGAGAAUGCUGCUCUCAAAAGACGCCUCGAAGAGCUGGAAGCGUCAACCAAAGGGCCGUCAACGGAGGAGAUGCUGGCUAUGGUGGAAGCCAGGGUCCAGGCCAGGUUAGAGUCGGCCCUGAUGGGGCCAGCCCAGAGGCCCAGCUUGGCCCACGAAAGGAAGGCCGCCUCGGGGGACACACAGCUCCCAGUGACAGGAGGAAUAGUCGGAGGUCCUCCCCCGCCAAAAUCCAGGAGGGAGAAAGGGAAAGGAGUAGGGAAAAAAACAGCUCCCGCUCAGUCCCUCCCCGCCCCAGUACCCGGACCCUCCAGCGCGCCGCCACAGGCUGUCGCGGGUCCUUUAACGGCCCCGGCAACUGCGACAGCACCGCCCGAGAAGAGGAAACCCGAGAGGAAGAAGGCGACGACGACGGCGCCCAAGCCGAAGGCCCAAAAGGGCAGGAAAAAUGGCCCUCCGGCACAACCCGCUCCGGAGCCCCGCCCGCUGCCGCCGGCACCGGCCUCCAUGGACACGCCGUGGGUCGUGGUGGCCAAGAAAAACACCAAGAAGAAGGGGAAGACCGCUGCAACACCAGCGGCAAGCACGCAGCCGCCGCAAUCUACACGUCGGGCGGAGCCGAAACUGCGACCACCACGUUCUGCGGCCGUAGUGAUAUCCUUGACGCCGGCGGCAGUAGCGAAAGGUCUUACCUACAAGGGCAUCCUCAUGGACGCACAGAGUCGUGUAGACUUCACCGGCCUGGACAUCACCAGGCUAAGGCCGAAGUUCGCGGCCACGGGCGCCCCGAUGUAUGAGGUGCCCGGGGCUAACUCGGAGGAGAAGGCCGACUCCCUCGCCGCGAGCUCUUGUCCGGACAUGCAGGCCGUAACGGUUUGCAUUUGUGUUCAUUAUGCAGGGAAGAUGUCGCAGGCUGGUUCGCUUGGCUCACAAAUUCGACCUUGA